UUGCCCCAAGCAUUUCGCUGGCCAACGCUUUGUCGAAGCCAUGACGGCGGCUGCGUCCUCACGGGACGAGCGCCGCGCGCUGCGCGCGCGGGAUGCGCGCCGUGCACAGAGCUCGAAGACGAGACGGGAGGAUCCUGGGCUUCCGCUCUUCAACGAGGUGCCCGGAGCCAUUGCGUCCUUGUUGGCCGCGCGUGCGCGCUCAGUGCCGGCCCGCGGGCGGAGGCGAGAGGAGCAACCAAAUCAGAAGAAGGCGUCGCCAGAGGCAAGUCCCUGUGAGCCACGAGAUGCGACCUCCAAGUGGCAGGUCCACGCCUCGCGGCUGCAGCAGCUGCUCCGGGAGACGGACUGCGAGCUGGUGGCCGAGAACACGUUCCUCUCUGUGUCUGCGGGCUGUGGCAGCGCGCCGCGCAGCCGCAGUGCGCCCGGGCAGGUGGACGGGCGCCUGGAGACGGCUAGCGGAGCUGCCACCCCGGAAGUCUGGGAGCGCGAGGUGUCACAGGAGCAGAACGGCAUGGUCCACGAUGCACAUGGCCUGACGAUCGGUGCCUUUUGCUUGCCCUUUGCGCAUUCCGACACAGACGUAAUACGCUGGCUCAUGGACAAUGCCAUGAGCUCUGCCGCCCGCAUCGCCGCGCUGGAGGAGCGUGUUGCCCACUUGGAGCUUUUGAACAGCCAACUGCACGCCUCCAUGGCCGAUUCCUGGCGCUCGGACCAUCUCUGAUCUUCAACCUCGGUGCUGAAAGCGGCAUCUGCCUUACCUCCUUUGACUGACUUUCUGUUC